AUGGCGGCGUUUCAUCUCUCUAACCCUUUCCCCUCACCCACCAUUUCAAUCUUCUUGUUCUUCUUCCUUUUAUUCAAAUCCAUCGAUUCUCUUUCGUCUCCUUCAUUUUCCCUUUCUGGGUUUCGUGGAGAUCCACAGUUUGAACUCAAUGUCGCUCUGUACGGUGAUGCGGUGGUUGUCGGCGACGGCAGUGCUCUCAGCCUCAGCGGUCCGGUCAGUUCCAGUGCUGGGCGAAUCGUGUACAAGAAACCCAUCAGGCUUGUUCGAGGUAAAUCGAGGAGAUUAAUGUCUUUCUCGACUGAUUUCUCAUUUUCUUUGUCGCCAAACACAGGGGGGGAGGGUGGAUUGGGUUUUGUUAUUCUUCCAAGUAGUUUUAACGUUAGUGCCUUUGAUAACGGACCAUUUGGGCUUCAUUUUGGAUCGGAGAAGAAACAGAAGAUGAACAUGAUCGUUGUUAAAUUUGGUACUUCUUAUGAUUCUGAGAAUGGCGAUCUGAUUAGAACGGUGGUAGGAAUUGAUAUGGGUUACAAGAGGAAUGUUUCAAUAGCUGGUUCAGGCAUUGUUUCAAACAGUUCAUCUGCAUUAAUUAGGGAGAAGAAUUUACACGCCUGGAUAGAUUACGAGGUGGGUUCUAGGCAAUUAGAAGUAAGAUUAGCAGAAAAUAGGGAGAACAAGAGGCCAUCUGUGCCAUUACUUUCAUUCCCAAUCGAUUUCUCUCAGAUCUGGGGAGAAGAUGAGGAAGUGGUGGUGGGAUUGAGUUCAUCAAAUGGGAACUCAUCAUCCCAGCCAUGUUUAGUCUAUUCUUGGAGCUUCAAGCUCAAGAGCAUUCCGAAUUGGAUGCACUCAGAGCCGCUCGAUCCGAAGACAAUCGCCAUUGCCAGGGAAUCGGAACCCCAAAUCGUUGUCAAGGAUGGGAAGAAUUGCUUGAUGAGAGUGGUUGCGGGCAUGAUUUUUGGGACUGGAUGUGGGGCAUUGACAGCCUUUGUUGCAUUGUAUUUAUGGACCAUCUUUGGGCAUAGGCGAGCAGUGGUGCCUGAGGAGUUUGCGAUGCAGCAGAUGGAUGUGAAGUACGAGAAAGUUGUGGUGUUGGACAAAGGCAUCGAAGAUUAUGGUAAGACGAAGGUCGAUGUUUGA